UCGCCGUCCCAGUUGCAUCCGAGCCGAGAAGCGAAAGUUAUCCGCCCACGGUUUGUCUGGAAAAAAAAUCCGCCGCCGCUCAAACAUCACAAAAACAUUCACGUAAAAAUUUGAGCAAAAUAACGAUAACAGCUGUUGAGUGUUGAAUUUGAUAUUCGCUAAAUUUUUCAUUGAUCAAGGGACUGAAUACCGGCAGCAUUUGGACAAGAUGCGAAAACUACGGGGAGGACAGACCAAAGAAACGCGCAAGCAGAAGCAGGAACGCCGAGAGGAGAAUCUAAAAAUACAACAGCAGCUCAAAACGAUUGUGCUUCCGAUCUGCGGUGUCUUCCUAAUGUGUAUUGUGGUUUAUGUUUUCCUUAAAACGCGUCCCCGGUUUGAGGAGCUGUAGGAUGUUUUCGUGUUUAUUUUUUCUUGAGCGAUUUUUGCAAUAUUAUUCUUUUUUUGUUCUACGCGAUUUGUUGGAACACAAUCGAAGGUACUAUUUUUAUGAGAGGGAAAUAUUUUCCAUAAUUUUAUCGCGCAUUAUUAAUCUUAUGAUCGACAAAGACGCAUUGCAAUUGUUUCAAUCAUCACACUCGUUCCGGCAGCGAGGAAAGUCCAGUGAGUGCAAUGUAAUGUACAAAGUUUACAAAUCUAUCUAUAUUAUAAAACAGUAAAAUUGGAA